GACUAGAAUUUUAUAAAUUUAUUCGUGAUGGGUAUAAUUAUAAUAUCGUUAAUAUUAAGACAUGUCUUCUUCGAUUGAAUGUAAAGGAAACCAAUUAAAUUAGGAGAAAGUUACGAGAGUUGCGAGUUACGCUAAAUUCAUGUUUUCAAAGGUUCAGAAUAAAAGCGAUAUUGCUCUCAGCAAAAGAUUAUCAUACUUGCUACGUCAUGGGGCUGUAAAGGAAGGCUUAAAUAUUAAACCAAAUGGUUUUGUUGCAGUUAAUGAAUUAUUAAAUAAAUCACUACAUCAGUAUACUACUGACGACAUCAAGAGAGUAGUAAAGGAAAAUAACAAACAAAGGUUUACUCUCAAAGUUGUUAAUGGUAUUUUAGAGAUUAAAGCAAAUCAAGGACAUUCUAUAUUUAAGAUCAAUGAAUUGAAUUUGAAAAUACUUGACUGCAUAGACUUUGACAUAAUUCACGGUACUUAUUUUAAGUACUGGCCAAAGAUAAGAACGGAAGGUCUGUCACGUAUGAGAAGAAACCAUAUUCAUUUUGCCAAGGGAUUAAAUUUUAUCAAUGGUCUACGUCAAAAUGCUGAACUUUUCAUUUAUGUGAAUUUUGGAAAAGCGAAAGAAAGUGGCUUAAUAUUUUUUGAAUCUGAAAAUGAUGUUGUUCUAUGUGCUGGAAAUUUAAAAGGACUUAUUGAAACAAAAUACUUUUUGAAAGUGAUCACUGCUGAUGGUCAAACAUUAAGUUUGAAUUAAAAUUGAAAACUUUUAUUAAACAAGAAACACAACUAAAUAUAAUAAAUUACGAUUAUUUCUACAACUUUGA